GACGCCCGCAUGAUUUUUUUUUAAAUUGGCGGAGUAGCAGCAGUACGAAAGCGUAUUUACAAAGCAAACGAGGGGACAGAGCAGUAGAUUUGCUCUCAUAACUUUGGAUUUCCUACGAGCUCAUGCUGAACAAGUGUAAACUGUGUGGCGAACUUGUGGCCGUCCGCAUAUUGCUGCUACAUUGAUCCAGAUGCUAUCGAUGGGAUAGCCAAUCUCCUCCUCUUGUAUUUCUGUGCAGGAAAAGGAGGAGGAGGAGCCUUCUGGCACAAACUGCCUGUAUCAGUUGCUGGGAACAGAUCGCUGCUCUUGUAAAUCUCCUCUUCAUUCUAAACCAGAUCCUGGAGGAGCAACAGUUCCCGGCUCAGGCUCAGCCUGAGCUGAAGAUGCAUGUGGGACAAAGACAUUCAGAACUAAUAAGCUUGGUACAGUUGAUGGCCUCUGCUGGUAACAUCUGUCAUUGCACCAUGAUGACUGGAAUAUCCGAAGUUGGAGAAUUGUCCUUGGAGCCUCUGGUAACUUGUAAACUAUGCCUAUCUGAAUAUUCACUGGAUAAGAUGACUGUUCUCCAAGACUGCAGCUGCAUCUUUUGUACAUCGUGCCUAGAGCAGUAUAUGCAGUUGGCUAUCCGUGAGGGUUGUGGUUCCCCCAUCACUUGUCCAGAUAUGGUAUGCUUGAGCCAAGGGACUCUGCAAGAAACGGAGAUCUCCAGCUUGGUACCUGCAGAUCUAUUCCAGUUAUAUCAGCGACUGAAAUUUGAAAGAGAAGUCCAUUUGGAUCCACUGAGGACCUGGUGCCCCUCUGCUGAUUGUCAGACUGUGUGCCAAAUUGAGCCGAGUGAAUCUGGAUUGCCAGUGCCUGUAAAAUGCCAAGCAUGCUUCUUGAUGUUCUGCUCAUCAUGCAAAGAACCUUGGCACCUGGAGAGAUUGUGCCUGGAUAGUCCUCUAAAUGUGGUACCAAAUGAGCAAGGAGCACUUAUCAGGACCAACACAGAUGCUCCAAUUAAACAGUGCCCAGUUUGUCGGAUCCAUAUUGAACGGAAUGAAGGCUGUGCUCAAAUGAUGUGUAAGAAUUGCAAGCAUACAUUUUGCUGGUACUGUCUACAAAACCUGGAUAAUGAUAUCUUUCUACGACAUUAUGACAAAGGCCCUUGCCGAAACAAGCUGGGCCAUUCCCGUGCCUCAGUGAUGUGGAACAGAACACAGGUUGUUGGAAUUCUUGUGGGCCUGGGUAUCAUUGCUCUGGUAACAUCUCCCUUACUGCUCCUAGCCUCACCAUGCAUCAUCUGUUGUGUCUGUAAAUCCUGCCGAGGCAAGAAAAAAAACCAUGACCCAUCAACAACCUAAGACUUUGAGUCUGUUGGAUGUAAAUGGCCGUGUCAUCUCUGUAAGGGAGCGGAUGUUAAGGCUGACCCUCUGGUGCCAGUGCUUUACCAACCAAUCCUCCUCUUCUUUGCCAACAUCUACAAAAAGUGCCUACCUUUUCAUAGGACACAAAAUGGUUUGCAAGUUCCUGGCUACAGACAUAACGCUGGUUCUAGGGAAACCUUUACCUUUACCUUAACAAGAUGGAGAUCUCUUCUGUUCCGGCUUCAGUUGUGGACAUUUUUGAAGGAAGUAGAGCUUGAAAAGUACUUUUAAGGUUUCUUCAAAUGACCCACCUCUGUUUCAGUCUUGCAGAUGAAGCUACAUCUUUUCCUCCAACUGGAUUCUCAAUGACUAUUGAUUUUAAAGCACUCUCACGUUGCUUCUCCUGGAACAGUUCUGCACUUAAAUGGAAGGAUACAAACAAACAAUCCAGUUCUAUUUUGAGGAAUGUUGAGAUCCUGUAAAUGUUAGCUCUCCAGGGGCAUUUUGAUGGACCAAGUCUUGAUGUUUUGGAAAGUUGCCAUUAAAAAGCCUGUAUCUGAAAGGCAAGAUAUAAUAGAAUUAAAGUAUGUAACAUAAUAAAGACAGGAUUUUGCUAAUGUUAUACUUUUUCUACAAAACCAGUCUAGACUAAUACAUGGUCUGGAAGGCAUCUGCCUUAGUGGAACAUCAGAAACAAUGACACACAGCAUCAUAUGCCAAUAAGAUCACCCUAUUUGCAUCAUUGAUUAGGUAUGGGAGUAAAUUAUUAUCAUGUGUUUUGUAAACAUGAAUGUUGAUGCUAGAAGUGGCAAGUCUAGUAGAUAAAGGAAUUAUUUUUCACUGGUGACCAGUUACAGCUUGCGGCUCUUACGGCAGUGACAUGGUGAAUUCACCCCAUGUUUCAGUCCAAACUUUACAGAAUAUCUGACCCUAUUUGGGGGUAAGGGUCAAAGCUUUAGAAAGCUGCUGUAAAGGUCAGCCUAAAACCUGGAGCAGAUUCAUUGCCCCCACUGACAACAGAAUCAUCACUUCCACAGCUGACUACUCCACCAUCAGGCUUGUACUACAUUCUAUGUCUCUCACUCUCUCCUCCUCCUCCUCCUCCUCCCCCCACCCAGCAUUGUAUUGGUAUUACUGUAUUCCAGAUCCCAAGCGCAGCAGUUGAAUCAAGCCUAUUGUAAAGUCCAGGUAGCUACACAGGUAGUAUAGUAGCAUUUUGCUGCCCAAUUUGGGGUAACUUGUGGCACACUGGCUAUAAGUUCAUUGCUCCACAAGGCAGGCUAAUACUUAGAUUGUGAGCGAAGGGAAUGGUGUAGGAACCUAAACUAUUGGUUUGGGCAAAGAGAAUAGUAUGAUGGGUGAAAAAGAGACCCAUUAUCUGUCUAGUUGCUAGCUACAGGAUUGCAUAAGAGAAUUAUUUUGUAUUCCAGGAAUGCAAACUGCCAUUCCCCCUCCCUGAAUUUCUAUGGUAAAAUGGGGCACUGUGUAUAAAUAAGGCAACCCUCUUUCAUGAACUGUUAAUGUUUCUGUGCACUUAGUGGCUGCAGCAAUUUCUUGCUGUGCCCUUGUUUUGGUCUGUACUGAGCAAUUUAGAGGUAAGACACUAAUAUAAAUAAAAAAACACUCUUCAAGGGAAGCCACGUGUGCCAUAUAAUAAAUAUUCUGGGGGUGCACACACAAGUCAAACAUGUUUUUGUCUGUGUACUAUCGUACACAUUAUCUUCAUUGCCUAUAUUACAAUUAAAUAAGGUCAUUCAAGAAGAAUAUGACAUUUCGGGGUCAGCUAGUUUAGAAAGAUGUUUAUCAUCUUGCCAAGGAACAUAAUGAAAUGGGUGAUGUUUUGUCAUUCUUCUGUCUCACACGCAUACCCUCAAUUCAUUAAGCAGCUAAAUUUGGUCCAAACCAUGGUUGACUGAUGCAUAUUUUCCCCCUUUUGUUCUUUAAAACCAGAAACAAGCCUCAGCUGGCUGUCAGUUUGACCAGAGGAACAGUAAUUAGAAGAGUAGUUUAGUCUCUCUGCACUUGGUUUUUAUCCUGCUUAAAAUUUUCAAGAGAGAUUGCAACAAAGCUUUGUACCUCCAAUGUUUCUAAUCAGCCAUGAAAUGGGAAAAAAUGAUUUAUAAUACCUUAGGUUACUGCAUAUUUCCUUUUAAAAAUGUGCUGGUGAGAUUUAUUAAGAUUACAACUGUCCUACAAAGUGCUUUAAAUUGUUGUGGAAUCCCUGAAAAAACAUGUGAAUUGUAGUUCCAGUCUGGUAGUGCCCUCCAGGGUUGUGUUAGACUGCAAAUGCCAUAUUCCCUAGCAUGACCAACACUGCCUUUCCCAAACCCUCUAGGACUAUAAUUCCCAUCAACCUGGCCAGUUUUACUGUUGGGAUGUUCCAGGAACUAGAAGGAUUUGGGUGGGUUUGGAAGCUUUUUGUCAACCAUUUUCAGUUUCUAGUGUGAUUAUUCCCUAACACUCAGGCGAUGAUCCCAUUCAAUAAGUCUUUAUAAAUGGAUCUAAUUCAUUUUUCAAUUGACCUAACUUGCAAAUAUACAAAGAAAUAGCUUUGAGGAAAAACGUUCAGACUUUGUAUUGGGAAGAGUAAUAGAUCAAUAGUUGUAACCAUCUGCCAUUCUGCAGCAAUUCUGUUCACAUUUACAUAAUGCAAGAUUGUGAGUUUUCACCUCUUCAAGGCUGAAAUGUGUGAGAGAACGUGUGUUUGUAUGUGCAUCAAGGAGACCAUCUCUUGUGACUUUUGCUGCUGGCCUUUCUAGCUGGUCCAGUGAUGCACUUUCAUUCUAUGCUGCUCCCCUGAAUGCUAUCUUGGUGUAUGACAGCCCAUCAAGCAAGGUAAAUACUGUGUUCUUAAAAUCUCCCACCCAAAAUGCUCAGGGGCAUCUUCUUCAUCAAACUGAUUAAUCACCAAACCAUUGUACCUCUGAAUCACCUACCACUCUUCCUAGCUUUCACUUCUACAUUUAAGUCUAUGAUCUCCGAAUAGCAAAUCUCAUUUCAGAAUAAGUGAAGGCAUGGUGGUUGAUCUCUUGAUGGGCUACACACAAUGCCUUUGUUGUCCUACACUUUCUUGCCAAUAAGAGUUUAUUAUUAUUGUGUUAAUUUUAUUAAAGCCAUUUUUAGUUUCCUGCCAAAGCUGCUUUCUUUAAGGAUGCCAUUCUCCAUAUUGCUAAGAAUGUGUCUGUGUUCUGCCUAGAAACCAAAUCUUUAGUAGUUUUGUUUAAAAACAAUCAAAAGGGAGAAACAUGAAUGGUCAAUAAGGUGUAUCACAGGAUUCUUUUAAAAAAUUGGAAAAUUAGAAGAAAAUUGAGGCAUUGAGUAAUCGCCCACAUAAGUCUUCAAUAUUUGGCUGAUGUAGGACUUGAAGGGUUUUUAUAGUAAAAGCAGAUAUUUGUACUCAUAUUUGAUCAGCCUCUGGGUUUAAUUUGUAUAUACAUUCCUUACCAUUCCUAACAUGGCGUGGAAGUGGAUCUUUGUAAAUGUAAUUAAAACUAUUUUAUGUAUGUUUCAGAGGAUGCACACAUGUAUAAAGAAACUAUAAAUGCUCUUUAUAGGUUUUAUUUAAUUAUUCAAGAUCCGGAGAUUUUAAAACUGGAAAUGUACUGCAGCUUCUGUGGUUUCUUUCUCUUUGCCUGUCUCCUCCUUCUAACAUCAUAAUAUGCAACAUGUGCAAAAUUAAAAAUUUAGUAAAACCAGUUUGUCUUUGUUUUGUCUCCAGGAAGCUACUUUU